CUGCUCCAUAAAAUGUCAGUUCUUAUUGUGCGCUGGACUCGGUCGUUCAAAGUAAAACAGCGCUCGCAAUUACAAACAUCUAGCGAUUCCCUCUUUUAUACAAUAACUUUAAUAGUCACGCGAAACUUAGCUUCUCGUGAAGCGCUUUCCCAUCGAUUUUUUACUAAAAACUACUCUUGGUUUAAGGUCUAGCCAAACUUAACAUUGGCUAUCAGACUUCCAUGGUGUAGCUGGAGUCGUAUGUCUAUUCCUGGCCGAACUGUGUCAAGCAAAUUGGACUAAAGAAAAAACCACCACUAAAGCGGUAGAAGAAUCUCUCAUGCGACGUGCAGACCCAAGCAGUAGCGAGUUCACACACAAACAAUUGACUCGGGGAACAAAGCUCAGUGAAUUUUGACCGCUGUAUUCUGAACGCUCCCGCUCUCUAUCUAUAUACAUACAUACAUAGAAGGCAAGGCAGUCGCCGCUGCGCAUGUUUCGGUCGGGGCUAACGCAAAUAGUGCUGCUAUCGCUGUUAGAAUAGAAUCAAUCGGCUGGCCUUCGUACAUAGACUUCCAUUGUGUCGUCGCUGUCGACGGCGACGUUGUCAACGUUGACUUUGCUGUUAGUUUAGGUGUUGUCGCUUUAAGCAAAUUCAAAAUUUGCCCAUACGUUUAUUUAAUGUGUUGUACUCGUCGCGAACGCAACGAAUCGGUCUCGCGCUUUAACAGCCCCAUUUACGGUUCAUUUUUGUAAAAAAAAAAAACAAAAACAAAAAACACUAUACUAAGUCAUAAACAAGAAUUAAUUACUUUAUACCUUAUAAUAAAUAUACAACAAAACCAAAGCAAAUGCUGUUGAAAAUGAACUUCUUUUUCUAUAACAGCCGCCGGAAAUGCAAAUCAACAUUGUUACAUUUGCAUUCAUAGAUAGGUAUUAUCGUUCUAGAGCACUGAGAAAACGAACGGUACGCGUAUAUUAAAGUGCCUUGCAAUUUGUGUUGGCUAACGUUGCCAUUGUCCAUUCAGUGUUAAAAAGCAAAGCUAUUCAUGGAAUAAUAGUGAUCAAAUGAAUCAAGGAAUGAGGUCUAUAACUGCCUCAAUCACAAACGAAAAAGUGCCUGAUAAAAAUUGUUUUUGAUUAACAUUUUUAUACAAAGAAGUUUCUUCAGUGAUAAAGUACUAGAGAAUCUAAAAACUCAAAUAUCCCAAACCAUAGUUAUCAAAAAGUAAAAACAUAAAAAUAGAUAAUAAUGUGACCUGAAUGGUGUUUCGCAAUUUGCAUAUAUGUACAUAUGUAUGUGCAUUCGUAUUUGUGCAAAACAAACCGACACUCAAAAUCCAAGUUCAAUUGCCAACUUUGAAUCUAUUGAAAGAUGAAACUUCAUGCUGAACGUCUGCAACCGAAAUUGCAUCAAGUGUCUUUAUGUAUCUGCCUUCGUCAGUAAUUUCAUUUAGAAUAUUGAAAGCUGCUUUAGUUUCAAUAGAAAAGUGGAGUUAACAGUAACAUUAGAAUUUUUAAAAGGAAUUACUAUUUAUGUAAUUGUGAUACAUGUAAUUAAUAAUUAAAAAAUAACGACACAAACGAAGUGUUGCUGGUGGACAGUAAGCACCAAAACAAUCCAUAAACAAUCCAAGGCCUUCAACUGUGAUUUUAAGCUGGUAUCGUUUAUUUUGCGUAAUCAUAAAUUAUAAAGUCGCUAAUUAGUGUAUUAGCCGGAGAUUUCAAUUUAAAUAUAAAACUAUAGAAAUAGUCAGCAAAAUGUUUAACCUCAACACACCUUCGUCACUGCUGGGCAUCGAUGGAUGUGGGCUUAGCUCUACACCGAAAACGCCUGAAAUUGUUAACUCACUGAUCGCAAUGACAAAUCCAAUGGAUAAUUAUAACUUUUCGGCUUUAAAUAAUGGAUCAGCUGCAUCGACGCCUGGCAGCGCAGUCUCUAUGCGUAACUUAAAUGGUGGUGUCCCGCACGCCCAGAUCAUUUCGCAGGAUAGUAGUCAUUCCAAUUCUUCUACUUCACCAAUUGACUCACCAGGUGGAACGAAUACCACACCAAGUGUUCAGCAGACCUGUUCGCAACUUAUCAAGGCUGGGCUCAAGCUUUCCAUCCAAAGCAAGCGAAAACUUUCUACUUGUGAUUCCAGCUCUGGUUCUGAUCAGCCAAACUCAAAGUAUUCUCGCCCAGACGAAGAUGGCGAAGAUUCAUCAGAUGAAGAAAACGAAUGCAAAACGACAACAAAAGGUCUAACGCCGGAGGAUGAAGAUCGUCGGCGUCGCCGCCGCGAACGAAAUAAAAUCGCUGCUACGAAAUGCCGGAUGAAGAAACGAGAACGUACACAAAAUCUGAUUAAGGAAUCAGAGCAAUUAGAAACUCAGAAUGUCGAUUUGAAGUCGCAGGUGCGAACUUUAGAAGCUGAGCGUCGCAAAUUAUUUGACAUGUUGCAAUGCCACACAACCACCUGCGUGCAUGCGGGUGGACUUAAUUUACCAUCUAAACUCAUGCAGUCGCCAGCUCAUAAGUACCUCGCUGCCCUCGAUAUAGAUGAAAAUAGUACUGCCAAUAGCAGCUCGGCGUCAACAAGCGUGACUGCUAGUGGAGCCCAUUCCCAAACGCAUCAACAAAGUCAGGCCAGCAUUGCUCUAAGUAAUCAGUCGGCCCAUGGAGUGCAACGCACAGUGAUCCCACCAAUGUCAACCAUUAAAUUUUCACGAAGUGCCGCUGUAAACCAACAGCUGCACCAAUUACCCACGCAACAACAGCAUCUGCCAAAUGGCUACUGUAAGCCAUCACCCACGCCACAGGAGCUCGGCUACCUAGCUUCACCGUCACAAGAAAGCAUAUGCUUGCCCGCCAUUCUUCCACAACUUUCUUCGCAAACUCCUGCCACCCACCAGAUUGGAGCUGCCAAUGUUAGUGCCGGGUCAGUGCCUUCCAUUAACCAGCAGGUCUCCGAUUACAUUCCAAACUGUGAAAAUAGUCUUGGUCUAGUACUGGCACACACUCCCACCUCUGUUCAAAGCAACGAUGACAACAGCAUCCUACUUGGUGACAUGGUUAGCCCACUAUCGGUUAUGUCCACACCCACCACGGCAACGGAGUUCGUCAAAAACGAGCUAGUCGACUCGCAAAGCCCUUACACCACCGCCCAGUCAGCUGAACGUUUUCUCUUUGAGAGUAAUUGUGACAGCUUCAUCGAUAUCAAGCAUGCCGUCAACUUACAUCAUGGAAUUCUCAAUAGUAACAACAACAACAACAACAACAACAACAAUAGCAUUGCAGCUAUCCAUCACAAUAUCAACAACAACAAUCUUUUGGAUUUCAAUACCUCUUUGAUAGGUAACGGCAGUGGAAUUGUACCAUUCCACGAUCAAAUAUCGAUCAAAAACGACUAUCUGCACGAUGCCGAUUUAUUGGCCCAGUUCACGGCAGACGGUGCUGAUUUUGUAGACCUCGAUUCCAGUGUUGCAGCGACAUUUAUGACAAAUAAUGGCUGUUUGGCGUGAAAUAGACCUUCGACAUUUUCGAAUGAAUAAGAGUUUAUAUUGGGGAAAUAAGAAGCGUUAUCACAAAAAGAUAGCCAGCCGUCUUCGUAUGCAUGCAUAAAAACUGCUUUUCUUUAAUAUCCGUUCUGUUGACUCGCGUGCGUUGGUGUUGUUGUUAUUGCAAUUCGUUAUUCAUUUCAUUUUUAUAAACAAGCAAUUAGGAAGUGUUGAGUUAAGAAAUAUAUGUAUAGAUACCAAUAAAAUGUAGACACUAAUUAGAGUUAUGAAUAGAACACCGCCAAAGUCACAAAAUUACAUAUGUAUGUAUGUAUGUAUGUACCUCUACAUACACAUACUAUUUAAAUGCUGCAUAUACUGCAUACAUAUACAUAUGUAUAUGAAUGUAUGAUGUUGGUGUUAACCCUAGAUGCUAAUCAAACCAUCCUAGUACUAGACGUAAGUAAGUGGUUGUCUGGGCUUCACAGUUUUUUUACUAAAAUGUUUGCGUCUUCCAAAACAUUGAUUUCAAGCGAACUUUGACAUUUCAUUUUAAAAUUAUUUGACGCCAAAUUUCUCUUUCAAUGCUAACGAUUACGAAGAGCCUGAUUACCACCAACCUCGAAUAACAAACAAACACAACCGAAUUGGCUUUGAUGGUUUUUGAUUUUGAAAUGAAAUGCAAUCACGGGUUUUAAACGAAUCCCGUUUUAUAUAAGUAUGUGGCUUUACUACCUCAAAACAGCAACAAAAAUGAAAUACGAGUACUUCGUGAAAAUUUGUUGCGGUCCAAAAAUUUACAAUGGUGGGACAUGCAUAGAAUUUAAAUCCACACAUACAUAUGUACAUGUAUAUUUUUUUUUUUCUGUUUACUUCUGUUAAAUGUAUUGAUCAAAUAACAUUCCAAAAUUGUAAGGAAAUAUAUGUAGGCUUAAAUUUUUUAAAUCGCUACACAUUUUACGUAAGUGUACGUUACGAAGAAUCAGAAUCACAUCCGCAACAGUAAUUAUUAUAUUUAAUUGCGACUUUAUGUAUACUCCCAAGUGAUUUCACAUUGAAAAGAUAAAGUUUGAGAAGGAAAUUAAACUUUAGUAAAAAUACACUAUAAAAAAAAAAUGUUUAAUCGAAGACAAGCAGAAAUGUUUUCAUUGA